AUGAUCGCAAGAUCUCUAUACCCAUCUGGCUGUCCCAGUCAAACUCCCGCCAGCCCACCCCUUACCUUCAACCCACAGCUGCUCUUGCCCUCUGCUGCCCUUCCAAGCACGACAAGCAGCGCGGUACCAGUCAAGAGGGAAGAUGACGAUGUUCAGUUUCUAUUCGAAAAUCCAGUGAAGAAGAGGAAGGUGGACCGUACUCCAGUCAAGCCAACCGAGGUGUUCCCUCGUACUCUCGUUGCAGACGAGAGGUCAACUUUAUCACAUUCACGUCCUGGAACUGGGACCACGAACAGGGGAGGACAGCAGUCCGAGACUAAUGCGUCUUCUCCUCAACCUCAUGGUCACAGCCACAUGCAAAGGCACGUCAUUCAAGAAAACUACACCCAGCCACAGAAAGUUCAAUGCCAACAUCCCGAAUCUCGGAUGAGUAUUGGGACGCCCACCCCUUCAUCUACCACAAGUCCUGUCAGCGACUAUCCCAAGGGAUGCUCGCUACCGUUCCUCGGCAAAAGAAUCUCCCCCGGCACGUUUUGGACAGCGCCCGCCACUAGGCCUCGCAGCUCCCCUGCCUUGUCGCCGAAGCAACUGCCCGAGCACAUCUCCCCAUCUGUUCUGAAACUUGAGCCUUCGCAGCCAGUGACCGGGCAUCUUGGUAACGCGGAUACGGUCAAGAGGCAUCUCGGUCCAAAGACCCCUUCUAUCCAGCUAAUGGCUCAGUCAGCAGUGGUGACAAGGGUCAACACUGAGACUGUUAGUGCGAAGCAACAGCUGGCUAUUACGGGCUGUGGUAUUACGCAAGAGAUACACAGUCCGCAGGGCACUAAGAAAUGUCAGGGUGCUCAAAUCCUCCAGGCGGUGGUACCGCUCGACUUUUCUGGCUCGAUGAGUAUGAGCUGCCACCAGGACCAAGCUUUGGGAAGGCAAUUAGACGGCAUCGCUUCUACUGGUACGGCCUUUCAGUCCAAGAUCCCGCCACAAGGCCUUGAAGUGAUGGGUACAGACCUUCCCGUUGGCCCCUCUCUCUUUACGUCAAGUGAGCCGGCUCGGUCUGGGAGUCCAGUUAACCACAAUGGACAAGGGCUAGGGGUUCAACAGCCAGGGACCAAUCCAUCUUUUGCCUUUGGUCAUCGACAGCACGGAGAUACCAGAGGACAGUGCAAUGUCAGUUCGCACCUCUCUGUCAAGCCCCCCUGCCGCAAAUGCGUAGAGGCUAGACUACGGAGAAAGGCAGCAGGCCUUGCUGCUGGGGUUGUUCCUGCUCUUAAGCAUUCUUUUGCACAGCCAGGGAAUACACAACAUGCCUACCCAUCUUUGAUUCCACCCACAUGGACGUCGCCCACGAACACCCCUUUCGCAGCCCAAUGGAUGGGUCCCACUGCUUACGGAUCGUUUCUUCAUCAACAAUUCGCUCCCGCUCCAUCUGGACAGACAUCCGACCAGCAGUACUCCUCUGACGGAAACUCAGCAAUGGCGCAGAGCAUGCCCAUUGUGACUAUGGGGCCUUCCCCUACGUUCCCGACCAGCCAGAUGACAAACAAUCUGCCACAACAUACAACGAGUGGACCAAGGUUCUCCAGCACAGUCGCACCGAUGCCUGCUAAACAGCCAACCCCCCGCCAACUUCAGACACAACCAAGUGGUAAACAUAUCGUCGUCGACAUUGCUGACACUUGCCUGGAGAUGUUUCCCUUUGACGAAGUCGCUCAACGUCACAGCCAACCCGUUCAAAAGGUCCGCGAUGUCUUCGACGCCAUAAUACAGGUGCCCUUGCUGAGGUGCACCACAGAUAAGCGACGGGCAGGUAAGCUAGGGACGGCACGGGUCAAAGAGUUCAACCAGACACGCAGGGAGAUGCAGUCGAACGGCUAUGUUGGGGACGGGGGAGUCGGAAGACCAACGACGCAGUCACGUCCGCAGCCAGGGCAGACGCCUUCAUCACAACAACAACAACACCAACAGAGGGAGAAGCAACAGUACCCCUCAGCGUGGGAGGUUGCGCAGUUCAUGGGGCCUAAUGAUAUGGGGUUAGGCUUCCAUGCGCCGUUUGGCGGGCCUUGGGGAUGAGAUAUAUCCGGGCGACCAGUGCUAGAC